AUGGGUUCCACAGAGCACCGCUCAACCCCGGAGGAAACUUUACUCCAUAUGUGCUGCUCACUCUUCAUCGCGUACCUUCUCCCCUGGACCGGCGCGUUCAACUUAGACAUAGAGAACCCGUCGGUAUACACCGGACCCGCGGGCAGCUAUUUUGGUUAUUCUGUGGACUUUUAUAUGGCACAGUCGACCCGAGAUGCAAGUAUCAUAGUUGGAGCACCAAAAGCCAACACCAGCCAGCCGGACAUCAAAGUUGGAGGCUCUGUGUUCUACUGCCCAUGGGGCCGUAACCUGUUUGAGUGCCACAGCAUAGAGUUUGACCGGCAGGGUGAUCUUAAUGUGAGCAUCAAUAAUGUUGAAACUCAAGCUGAGUUCAAGUCCCACCAGUGGUUUGGAGCAACUGUACGUGCACAUGAAGACUCUGUCUUGGCUUGUGCCCCUCUCUACUCUUGGAGAACCCAACAAGACAUGCCUGAGUCAGAUGUCACCGGCUCCUGCUACCUGUCCAUUAAAAACUUCACCAAAUUUGUGGAGUAUGCUCCCUGCCGCACAGAAUUCCAUGGAAUGAAGGGCCAGGGUUACUGUCAAGGUGGAUUCAGUGCUGAUUUCACCAAGGAUGGGAAGGUAGUACUUGGAGGACCAGGCAGCUAUUUUUGGCAAGGACAACUUAUCUCUGCUGUGAAGGAGGAAAUCAUCAAGGCCUACUACCCAGGCUAUUUCCUCACAUCAGUGGCAGGCCAGAUUCAGACCAAGCAGAAAAAAGAGAUCAACUUUGAUGACAGCUACAUGGGUUACUCUGUUGCAGUAGGAGAAUUUAAUGGAGAUGAUGAUGAAGACUUUGUGACAGGGGUUCCCAGAGGUGUACUUCUGCAUGGCCAGGUGUCUAUCCUUAAUGGCUCUUUGGAGACCAUGAAAACCUUUAUUGGUGAACAGAUGGGCUCCUACUUUGGCUAUGCUGUGGCUGCUACAGACAUCAACAAUGAUGGACUUACAGACUUGUUGGUUGGUGCUCCCAUGUUCAUGGUGCGUGACUCAGAUGGGAGGUUGGAGGAAUUAGGGCGAGUAUACGUGUAUCUACAGACGGGUCCACUGGAGCUUGCACCACGUCUACCUCACCUCACCGGAACGCAAAUUUUUAGUCGGUUCGGCAGCUCGAUCACACCGCUGGGAGAUCUCAACCAGGAUGGCUUUAAUGACAUUGCUAUCAGUAGUCCAUUUGGUGGGAAAGAUGAACAAGGAUUGGUCUUCAUCUAUAACGGUUAUGCUAAGGGACUCAGGGAAAAGCCCUCUCAAGUGAUUGCUGGUCAGUGGUCAUCAGCUGCCCCUCCUGCUCCUCCUGUCAGUUUUGGCUAUACCAUGAAAGGAGGAAAAGACUUGGAUCACAAUGGCUACCCAGAUCUCAUUGUGGGAGCUUUUGGAGCUGACAAGGCCGUUCUUUACAGAUCUCGCCCAAUCGUUAACACGAGUGCCACCUUAAUUGUGUACCCAACAAUGAUUAAUCCUGAGGAGAAGACCUGCACCAUCAGCAGUGGAAACCAAACCACACAUGUUUCUUGUGUCAACUUGAGCUUCUGCCUUUCAGCCAAUGGGAAGCACCUUCCAGAAAAUCUAGUGUUUAAUGUAGAAGUGCAGCUGGACCAGCAGAAGCAGAAGGGAGCUGUUCAUAGGGCUUUGUUUUUGGACACCCAGCAGGCCAGCCUGCAGAGGAAACUAAAGGUGCCAAAUGAAGCCAAGGUCUGCCACGAGACGAAAAUCUACCUGAGGGAUGAAAAGGAAUUUCGGGAUAAGCUCUCCUCCAUCUUUAUCGCUCUCAACUUCAGUCUGGAUGCACAGGCUCCUGCAGACAGACACGGCCUCUGGCCGAUCCUGAAUUACCAGACGACUGAGCUAAUUGAGCAGAAGGCCCAAAUUUUACUGGACUGUGGAGAAGACAACGUCUGUGUCCCAGACCUGAAACUUUCUGUAAAUGGUGACAGGAAAGAAGUGUACAUGGGGGAUGAUAAUGCACUAACCCUGACUUUCAAUGCACGGAAUGAUGGAGGUGGCGCCUAUGAAGCCGAGCUCUACGUCGUGCUUCCUUCGGAGGCGGACUACAGUGGAAUUGCCCGCAAUAAUGAGAGUCUAACUCAGCUGACGUGUAGCUACGAGACAGAGAACAAGACACGGUACCUCAUCUGUGACCUUGGAAAUCCCAUGAAGUCUGGCACCAAUCUGUGGGCAGGUCUGCGUUUCACAGUUCCUCGGCUGCAGGAUUCACAGAAGGUGGUACAGUUUGACCUGCAGAUUCGCAGUAAAAAUGAGAAUAACUCUCAGAGUGAGGUUGUCCCCUACAGGCUGGAGGUAGUGGUCAAGGCUGACGUUAUUUUACAGGGUGUGUCCCGACCAGAUAAGGUCUUCUUCCCACCUCCAAACUGGAAAGUGACCAAGAACGUUGCAGUGGAGCAAGAAAUUGGGCCUCCUGUGGAGCACAUCUAUGAGUUGGUAAAUAAUGGUCCAAGCCAUAUUAGCCACACACUGCUUCAACUGAAAUGUCCCAUGAAGCUGCAUGCCCAGAGGUUUAUGUACCCUUUGGAGAUCAUCACUGAGGGGCCUGUAAACUGCACAACAUACAAUGUUGUGAACCCCAUGAACAUAAAGCUUCAGCAGUCCACAAAGCAGCCUCCAUUAUUGAACCACCACAUUGAGAAGCGUGAAACACACAGGGGAGAGCUGGCUGAGUUGACAAACCUGUCCUGUUCCAGCGUUGAGUGCUGGACCCUGCAGUGUAAUGUGGGUGUAUUGGAGAAAGGAACCAGUGCCAUACUCCAGGUGCGUUCACGCAUCUGGGGCGAGACGUUCAACAUGAAAAAGUAUAAGAAUUUUAUUCUGGAGUGUGUAGCAAGUUACAGCGUGGAAAAGAUGCCCUAUGCCAUUUUGCCCAAGGAGAUUCCACGUGGCUCUAAAAUUAUGACCACACCUGUGGUGUGGAAUAAACCAGACAGUCCUUAUGAUGUGCCUUUGUGGAUCAUCAUUCUGGCAGUACUGGCUGGUCUUUUGUUGCUGGCUCUCCUUAUCUAUGUUCUGUAUAAACUUGGUUUCUUUAAGAGAACUCCCUACGGCACUGCCAUGGAAAAAGCACAGCUGAAACCUCAGGUUGCAUCUGAAGCUUAAAGCAGGCCUGGAACUCUUCAGUAAGGAUGAAAGACCACUGGAUAUCCAUUGCACUGCACUGCACUGGACGGAAAGACUCCAAGGACUCAAAGCCAAAUGAAUGUUUUUUUUUGUUUGUUUUUUUAAUGUUUAAAUGCUUUUUGUUGCCUUGUUUUGCUGUGGGUUUGGAUUACAUUCACCAGUAUUAGCCUCACACUCAGCUGAAGGAUCUUCACUAUGAAAUCUUAUUUUCCCUGCACUCAUCUAUGCAGUGUUCACCGUUUCCUUUUCAAUUUAAAAAAAAAAAAUGUUUAACAUAUUUUGGUGCUAGAAACGAUGUGUUCACAUUUUGCUCACUACUUUUUUUAAAUGUCAACAGUAAUUAGAAGAUCCUCUGUUUUAGAAUUUGAUUUUUAGUGCUAUAUUUUAAAUACAACCAGUGAUUUUAAAAUUUUUUUAUAUACAUUUUUUUUUCAGAGAAUAAGAUCAGAAGAUAAGACUAUCAGUCUUCAUCAUUACAAUCUUUACUUUCUGCUGUGUCCUUUUAAUAUCCAAUUUAAAAAUAAUUGUCAGUCAUCUUAGAAGGUAGGCUUGAAAAAUAUUAAUGGGUUUCAGAGGAAAGUCUCUCUCCCCCCCCUUCCUUCUCUGUCGUCCACCUCUGUACCUCUACGAACUGGGGUUAGUGUAUGUCUCAGGUGAUAGUCGUACAGCAGUGCUCAGAUCAGGUGUGCCACACUCAAAUGGGCUUGGAAAUCCAUUGAGGAUUAUAUUCCAAGUGCAUCUCUUCCCUCCUGCUGACAUAAUUAACAAGAGUGUUGCCUUAUAAAGUCAUCUGGGACAUGACUGGAUGCACAUCAAGCCUGUGAAACCUCAUGAAAUGCCUUGAAGCAGAGCUGUGCUUUGCCGAUGUAUAGGACAGAAUUAUAGCAGGAAGUAGCAAACAGUCAGUGAGGGCUCACUGUGUACAUGGAGUCCUUCCUAUCUGUGCAAAGUACAGAAAACCCACUGUAUACAGUUGGAAUGGGGUUGUCUCUAAGUGUGUAAUAUUCAAUGCACCCAUCAAAUGAGUACUGUUAAGUGUCUAUAGAUGUUAAGGGAUAUGGUGAGAAAGCAAAAGACAAUCCCAGUCCAAAUCAGCAGUCUUAGCCAGGGACAGAAUGUGGAAGAAACACCUUUUUCGUUUGUUUGUCUGUCUGGUGUGAGUAUGUGGAUGUGUGCAUACAUGUGUGUCUGUUAUUGUUGUGAGAGAAAGAGGGGUUUCCCUAGUUGCAAAGUUUCUCGUUGUACUUCCAUUUUUGGCCAUCUUGAUACUUAAUAGCAUAUUAAUGCUAAUGCCGAGCCUGGUGGCAAAGUGGUCACUCAUGGACAGAGAUGCUGUAUUCAACUGCAUUAGACACUUAUUAACUGCAAGAAGGAAAGAGAAUAGGCAUAGGGAAGUUUUAGGAUCUGUAUGUAAAGUGCAAUACUGUUUUCUCCUUUUCAUCUUAUUGUAUUUUUUGCCUUUUGUUACUACACCUAUGUUUUGAUACAGACUACAACCUGUUGAGUUGGAGUGGUUAUGCAGAAGAUUAAUAUUAUUAUUAUUAUUAUUAUUAUUUUAAUAAUGAAGUGUAUGAAAAUGCCCCAUGCAUUUUUUUUUUUAAAUCACAAAAUAGAUUAGUUUGAGCUAUCAAGGAUUUUCGUUUGAUGAUAACCUUUAACUAUGAACACCACUCUUUCAUCCUUUAACAAUUUGUGCUAUCCAAGAGAGAAAAAUGGAAAACUGAGUUAAAAUGAUCUUUUUAUUAUGGUGUUUGUUGUUCCAAUGUUAUACUACGACAGCAAAAAUGUACUGCGUGUUUUUAAUUACACAUUGUUUAGAAAUGUAACGAUCCCCGUUACAAAUUGAAGCUCAAAAAUGACAUCAUUUGCUUGUUCUCGAUGUUUUGCUCAGUUUCAGAAAUUUAUUUAUACUGCCAAAAUGUAGAUUUUGUUUAGAUCCCCCCCACACACCCCCUCCAUUUCUGCAGCAGGAAGCACUGGUUAUAUUUUGUCCCAUCCCAACCUUUUGUUCUAUCCACAUAAUUUCUUUUUGGUUUUAUUACAUUGUAAAUAUGAUUCGGCAAGGAGAUUUUGUAACUAAAACUCUUAUCUGACAUAAAAUUACAUCACCCCAUAUUGGGGAUAAUUGGAGGGAUGUUAAAGUAAUUAUUUGUAUGGUGUUUUACAAUUUGCAUUUUAAAUAAAUCUUUCAAUUUUUAUGA